AUGGGCCAAGGUUAUUCCCUUACAACCCUUUCAGCGGGUUCGGCGGGGAUCGAUAUCCCCGAGCUCUCAGAUUUGACGUAUGAGAAGUCCAUGGGUGGCGGUAGGUUCAUGAAAAGCAUCCGGGCGAGGCACCAAAAUGGUCACGUCUUUGUAAAGGUAAUCAUGAAACCUUAUCCUAGCAUGAAGCUAGAGCCAUAUGUCAAGGCUAUACUUAGGGAACGCAAAUUGCUUGCUGAUGUCCCAAAUGCUUUAAGCUAUCAGAGAAUAUUGGAGACUAGCACAGGUGGAUACCUAGUUCGCCAAUACAUCCAUAGUUCUCUUUACGACCGCAUGAGCACCCGCCCAUUUCCUGAGGAAAUUGAAAAAAAGUGGAUUGCGUUCCAGCUACUGUGUGCACUCCGUGAUUGUCAUUCUUUGGACAUCUUUCAUGGUGACAUCAAGACAGAAAAUGUCCUAGUCACUUCAUGGAAUUGGCUCUACCUUUCAGAUUUCUCAUCAUCUUUCAAACCAACCUUUCUGCCAGAAGACAACCCUGCUGACUUUUCAUUCUACUUUGACACAUCUGGGCGACGGACCUGCUAUCUUGCACCUGAGAGGUUUCUAGAGGCCGGUGAAGAGCCAGGAAGCAGAAAUGUCAACUGGGCUAUGGAUAUAUUCAGCGCCGGUUGUGUCAUCGCCGAGUUAUUCCUGGAAUCACCAAUAUUCACAUUGAGCCAGAUAUACAAAUAUCGGAGAGGCGAAUACAGCCCAGAACACAGCCAGUUGAUUAAGGUUGAAGACCCUGAAAUUCGAGCUUUAAUCCUGCACAUGAUUCAACUUGAGCCGGAGUCGAGAUACUCGGCGGAAGAGUAUUUGAAUUUCUGGAAGAAUAAAGCUUUUCCGGAAUAUUUUUAUAGCUUUCUUCAUCAGUAUAUGUCUCUUAUGACCGACCCUUCCUCAGGCAGAGCCCAAGUCGAAGCUGAAUCAGCCAACAGGGGCGAGGCUGAUGACAGGAUAGAGCGAGUUUAUCUUGACUUUGAUAAGAUAUCUUUUUUUUUGGGCACGUCACCUAGGACCGAAAACAAAAAUUCCAGUUAUCCUACCUCCAAGCUCACCGGUAACACUUUCCCUAUUCAUCUUGAUUUACCCCAUUAUGGGCAUCAAGUCUCAACAUCUCAGCUACAAGCAGACGAUGGUGUGUUGAUCUUCCUGACACUUGUUGUAUCUAAUCUUCGCAACACUUCCAAGUCGUCGGCGCGAAUCAAGGCUUGUGACAUUCUUCUUGCUUUUGCCGAGAGACUGUCGGAUGAAGCGAAGUUAGAUCGCAUUCUUCCAUACAUAAUGAUUCUUCUCAGCGAUCACACAGAUUCUGUAAAGAUUGCUGCCAUUCGCACUCUCGCACAGCUACUGGAAAUGGUCCAUGUAGUCUCGCCAGUCAAUGCGUAUCUCUUCCCGGAGUACAUUUUUCCAAGGCUACAGCUCUUUGUUCCUAGUGCCAAUUCAAAUCCUAGUCCCUUGGUCCGUGCCGCUUAUGCGUCUUGCAUUGCGUCCCUGGCACAAUCUUCACUUCGGUUUUUGGAUAUGAUUCAGGCAUUGCGCUCGGAUACCCGUCUGUCGGCCCUAAUUCCUGCUGGGUCUGAGCCGGGAUGGACUGAAGAUGCCACAUAUCAUAACCUUUAUGAUGUCGCACGAGUUGAUCUCCUUGACUAUUUUGAAGCACACACCAAAGCUCUUUUGACCGAUAACGAUGCAUCCGUUCGUCGAGCCUUCCUUGGCUCUGUCUCCAGUUUAUGUGUGUUUUUCGGUAACUUGAAAACCAACGAGGUAAUCUUAAGUCACCUGAACACGUAUUUAAACGAUCGCGAUUGGAUUUUAAAAUGUGCCUUUUUCGAGGCAGUAAUUGGUGUUGCUGCUUACGUCGGGAGCACAUGUCUGGAGCAGUACAUUCUACCUUUAAUGAUUCAGUCGAUGACUGAUCCGGAGGAAUUUGUUGUGGAAAGAGUACUUCGAUCCCUUGCUGCAAUGGCUGGUAUGGGUCUUUUUCAACGAUCAACGACAUGGGAUUUGCUGCACAUUACAGUACGCUUCAUGAUCCAUCCCAAUUCGUGGAUCCGGGAAGCAGCAGUGACUUUUGUUGUCAAUUCGACGAAGUAUUUGUCUAUGGCCGACAAAUACUCUAUAGUUACCCCACUUAUUCGACCUUUCAUCAAGGUUAAUAUUGUGGAUUUCUCUGAGGGUGGCAUGCUCGAUGCACUUAAAAGACCACUUUCCAGAAGCGUGUAUGAAUUGGCCUUGGUCUGGGCGGCCAAAACUGAAAAGGGCGUGUUCUGGAAGGCUGCGACUCGUGAUGGCAUGUUUAACCUAAACGCAGCCGAAGGUGUACUUUCCCGAGGCCAAAAAUUUGCAGCUUACUCUUUGGGCGCACAGCCCAAGAAUGAGGAAGAUGAGCAGUGGCUAUCCCGACUGAGGAAUAUAGGGAUGGGUUCGGAUGACGAAGCCAAAUUUGUCGCUCUCAGAGAAUACAUUUGGAGAGUAUCGUUGCGUCAGGGAAAGAAUUUAGAUACUGGAUUGUCUCCCUUAAACAACGUUAUUACUUUGACUCAGUACGACGUCACUCCCCAAACAGUGUUCUUUGACAAAAACCAGAAUGUCAGACCACGCAAGGACCCGUUGGACAAAGACAACCCCGAAGACAAUGCAGCAGGAGAGCGCAAACCACACACUAUUACUGAUGCGCUUCUUGAUGCUUCAACCACAAUAGACAAUGCAUCAAAUAAUGGUCGAAAACAUUUACGAACGCGAAGUCAAUUACAGGAGACGGCAGCCGUUUCAAUAACUCCGCGACAGCAAGCUCUAGACACUGUUCGAGUCGCAGAACACCCUGCAGGGUCGUCGCCAAUAGCGUCGUCGCCAAGUGCUGCUGCCCCUGGAUCAAGGCCCCCGUCACCUCCUAGCUCAGACACCGAACAGAGGAUUUCUGGCGACAGGGAAAGCUCAGGGCCAGAUACCUCAUCCACGCCAACCGACGCAGAAAACCCAAUUAUAAAGAAAUUGGCUACUGGUGUUCAAAGAAAGCCCAGCGCUAUAGGCCUACUUAACCGCAAAGAGUCGUUCAAAGCUUUUGCAGAGACAAGUACGAGCUCAGCGAAUGCAUUUGGCAAAGUGGACAUCCCCUCCCAAAGAGAAACAUCACAGCCGCCUAUCCUUUCUACACCACAUGAAAGAAUUACCCUCGACCACAAACCGCGGCGCUACCAUGCUAAUCAUUCCUAUAGUGGAGACGAUCCUGCAAUUCUCAAAAUGCUUGAUUCAGUUUUCGCAGAGAACUAUCCCACAGACCUUUUCGACCUCGGCCCCUAUGUCAAAGAGAUAGACACCAGGCAGCCAAUAAAGAACGCUAGUGGCGACGAUUUACAUAAAGUCUGGAAACCAGUAGGAGAACCGGUCGCCGUUUUUGGAGAACAUCGUGGCUCCGUAAAUAGGGUUCUACCAGCUCCAGACCACGCAUUUUUUAUUACUGCCUCAGAUGACGGCACUGUAAAAAUCUGGGAUACAACCCGUCUAGAGAAAAAUCUGACACCACGGUCUCGCCAGACAUACCGCCAUUCUACUGAAGCCAAAGUGAAGACAUUGGCCUUUGUUGAAAAUACGCACACGUUUAUCAGUGGCGCUACUGAUGGGAGCAUUCACGCUGUCAAGGUCGAUUACCACAAUGUCAAUGAAACCAUUCGAUACGGAAAACUCCAACUUGUACGCGAGUAUCAACUACAGGCGACCGAUGACGGAACUGUGGAAUACGCUGUCUGGAUGGAACACUUCCGAGUAGAUGCCCAAUCAACGCUCCUCGUCGCAACAAACACAUGCCGUGUUCUCGCUUUGGACAUGAAGACCAUGCUUCCUGUUUAUUCGCUGCAAAAUCCUGUUCACCAUGGGACGCCCACCACAUUUUGUUGCGACCGAAAACACAACUGGCUUCUUAUAGGCACUACCCAUGGCAUCCUUGAUCUCUGGGACCUUCGCUUCCGUGUACAAUUAAAAGCAUGGGGACUUACUGGAUCCAGUAUCAUCCAUAGGCUCCAGGUUCACCCAACCAAAGGACGUGGGCGAUGGGUCUGUGUUUCUUCUAGCGGUAGCCAUGGCAACGAAAUCACAGUCUGGGAUAUAGAGAAGGUCCGCUGUCGAGAAGUAUACCGCGCAGAUUCGCUUGGUAUCGGCACCUCAGUCGCUAACGGGAGUCAUCUCAGCCCUCACGGCGAAGAUACCAAGGCAAAACCGGCGUAUGUGAGUCCUAAAGACUAUGAGGCGUGGCACGUCGAGGGCGAUCGACCCGAAGGGAUGCUGAGUCGGUUUGCAACAGAAGGACCGGCGUCCGGCCCUGUUGAACAAGCAUCUGGACCCUCCCCAUCUAGCGUGCCGGCGGGCAUAUGCACAUUCGCCGUGGGGUUUGACUCUCCCGAAGAUGGUAAGGAUAAUAGUACGCGAUGCGGGUUUAUAGUUUCCGCGGGGAGUGAUCGAAAGAUUCGUUUCUGGGACCUGUCCCGGCCAGAAUUAUCAUCAAUUGUUAGUGGUCUUGAUGCUGUCUCAGACGGCGCAGCGACUGGGAAGCCACGGUACGAGUUGUCACAGCCAUGGUCAUCUCUCUUAGUGACCACCGAGCAUCUACCCAGUUCUGGCGCCAGCUCCGCCGCUACAGGAGCAAGUGGGAAGAGUGCUAGUCGAAAGGGAGGCAGUAGCAGGCUACCUCGCAGUACCGUGAUUAGCCUGCAGCAGCAACAGCUGCUGAAAUGCCAUUUGGAUUUUAUCCAGGAUGUUGCGAUGCUGCGAGCUCCGUAUGGCAUGGUUGUCAGUGUCGAUCGCGCCGGGAUGGUCUAUGUUUUCCAGUGA